AUGGACCGGAGAACAUUAACCAUGAAUUGGGAUGGUCUCGGAGAAAACGAUGAUGAUGACAGAUUCUUUGAAUCCUAUGAAAGAAUGUCGUUAGUACUGACUGUUCCAGUCUCCGACAAUGAUGAUGGGACAUCGUUUGUUUCUAUCUUCUCCUCCCUCUCCUUCAGACCAAGCCGCAGCCUUGAUGAGGCGGCAGAACCGGGGGAUAUUAAGGAGCAGUGGAAGCGUCAUCUCGAAGUCAUGGAUUUGGCGAGCAAUAAGGACUGCGAAACUCGCCAUAUCCAACUUCGUCUGAGCAAUUUCAAGAAAGGUUCAGGCUGA